GGAUGGACGGUUAUGGGGAAGGGAGUAGCAGGACCUUCGGCGCUUGAAGUCGGCAAGAUCCUUGUUUUGUUUCUUUGCCUGUUUCCUUCUGUGAGUCUGCAGUGUAAGAUCCUCAAGUGUAACUCAGAGUUUUGGGCCUCCACCUCAAGCUCUGGCCCGGAGGAGGAGUUCUGUACGGCACUGCGGGCGUACAACAACUGUGUACGCCGCACCGCACGCACUUGCAGAGGCGACCUGGCCUACCACUCAGCCCAACAUGGCAUAGAGGACCUCAUGAGUCAACACAACUGCUCCAAGGAGGGACCUACAAACCAGCCUCGAGCCCGGACCCCCGCUCCACCUCCACCACCACAGCUACAGCCUGACAGCCAGGAGCGCUCCGAUGGGCCGGAGCAGUGUCACUACGAACGCAGCCUUUCUCGCCAUUCCUUGCCACCCAACUACACCCACUGCGGCUUCUUUGGAGACCCACACCUCCGUACCUUCAGCGAUGACUUCCAGACUUGCAAGGUGGAGGGAGCCUGGCCACUUAUCCAUAACAAAUACCUGUCUGUUCAGGUGACCAACACACCUGUCGUGCCUGGCUCCUCUGCUACGGCCACCAGCAAGUUGACAAUCAUCUUCAAGAACUUCCAGGAGUGUGUGGACCAGAAGAUGUACCACGCAGAGACAGACGAGCUGCCUGCGGCGUUCGCCGACGGCUCCAAGAACGGUGGAGACCGCCACGGGGCCAACACGCUGCGCAUCGUGGAUAAGGUGCCUGGGCAGCAUGUGGAGAUCCACGCACGCUACAUCGGUACAACUAUCGUGGUCCGGCAGGUGGGCCGAUACCUGACCUUUGCUGUGCGGAUGCCAGAGGAAGUAGUGAACUCUGUAGAAGACCGAGACAACCAGGACCUGUACCUCUGCCUGCACGGCUGUCCCGCCAACCAGCGCAUCGACUUCAGAAAAUUUAGGGACCGUGCUGUGGAGGGUCACGGCCCGGUCAAGAGCAGGACGGGUAGCCAGUCCCAUGGGUUUACCUAUCAGGCUGCCAUGGCCAAGUGUAAAGAGCGCCUCCCAGUGGAAGACCUGUACUUCCAGUCUUGUGUGUUUGACCUGCUUUCCUCUGGGGACAUCAACUUCACCAUGGCUGCCUACUAUGCUUUUGAGGAUGUGAAAAUGCUCCACUCCAACAAGGACAAAUACCACAUUUUUGAAAAGGAUGCUUUUGGGAGUAAUGCUGCACCGGGGGGAUCAGAUAUGUUCUCGCUAGUCCUCCUCAACUGUCUGGCUAUGUUGUUGUGGAUUGAGUGCUGCUGGGUUCAUCUAUAG